UACCGAGAGAGCUUGACCCAAAAAUGUGGACUUUGACGUGUCAACAGUUUAUCGCCAUAAUCCUUCUAGGCACCUUGAUGCCCACUGAAUCCUUUUUGUGCCCCAAUUGUAUCAGGAAAAUUGGCGAAACUAUAAGGGACAUCAUUCAUCCGACAUUUGGAUACAAACCUCCACAGAUUGAAGUGCAGCAGCCGAAAGUGACCCAAAACCCCGAGUCGUCACGAGUGAUUCACGUGCAUCAACCGGAUCUGAUACUUAAGCCCAUACUCUACCCAAAAAUUGAUUCUAUAAAUCAGAAAAAUGAGAUAGGAAUUCGCGGACAGCUAUUGCCGUUUCCUAAUUAUAAAGCCCUGGAGCUCCUAGAAAAAGGUCAGAAUCAAGAACAAGUUCAAAACAAUAACUUGAAUAUUAGAUUUGAAGGGCCAGUACUAAAAGAAGGAACAAACAUUCCAAAUUUGGAAACGAUUCCUCAGUACAAAAUCGGUGAAAUAAAUGAAGAUUCUCAGUCUCAGUCCCAGUCCCAGACCCAGUCACAAUCUGGAUCAAAGACAUCUUCACAAUCUCAAUCCCAGUCACAGGUGCAAAAUCGACUGGUCGAAAACCCACCUGCAUUAGAAUCGCAGACAAAGGCAUCAGAAUCAAAGUCACAGUCCGAAUCGCAGUCCGAGUCACAAAAGCAGUCGAAAGAGCAGUCACAGCGACAGCAAGAGAUACAGACGGAGUUGCAAAUUCUGCGACUGUUGCUACAAAUACAGUCUGAUGAAAAAUCGGCACAAUCCCAGUCACAAUCACAGUCACAAUCCCAGUCACAAUCGCAGUCACAAUCGCAGUCACAGCUAGGAAAUCAAAUCCAGUCACAGGUUCAAAUUCUUCAAGGGUUGCUGCAAAAACAGUCAGAUGACAAAUCUGCCUCACAGUCGCAAUUCGCAUCACAGUUGCAGUCACAGCUAAAGCGACUGAUACAGUUGCAUUCACCAAAACUUCGACAAGUGCAUCGAAAACAAUUAGAUGAGCAAUCUGCCUCUCAGUCACAGUUAGCGCAACAGAUUCUGUCAAAUUUGCACCUUCUCCAGCUGCACUCCAAAUUGGAGCCGCAGUCACCGUUCAAAUCGGAGUUAGAACAACUAAUAGUGUUGCAGUUACUAAAAAUUGAACAAGCGGAAGAGGACCAGUGGAUCCGAUCUGCCUUACAGCCCAGUUUAAAGCCACAGUCGCCGUUGCAGCCACAGCAAAUGCUGUUAUACUUGAAAUACCUUGAUCAGUUUAUAAAGAGUCGUAUAAAUAAGCCAUCGCAGCCGCAAUUACAGUUGAAGCGGGAUCCAAAUCUUCGUCAAACGCAACAGGUGAAACUACCCAUGUUACUGGAACAAGUGCCAGUAGCCGGUAUAAGACCCCAGCACACUAUUUAUUUAAUACCUGGAGAUAAUCGAAACGAGGGAAUCGAGCCAGAAAACAUCAUUGAAAGAAAGCAUCAAAAUGUAAAUUUAUUGAACCUUUUGCAGCACAGGCAACCAAACAACCAUCAACAGCAACUACAAAUUCAGAAAUCAAUUAAUAACCAACCGUCACAAUCCGGUGGCUCCAGUUCCCAGAACUUGGAGUCACAGCUGGGUCAUCAAGCUGGAGCCUCAGGCUCGCAGACUGAUAAUAGCGGAGCUUUUCAACGAUUGAAGCAGCAGGGUCGAUUCCAGACGGAUCAUGUACGGAAAACUUCUUCCUCGAGCUCACACAGCCACUCAGCAAAUUCGCAGAGUUCGUCAUCACAGUCGUCAUCAAAUUCUGGAUCACAACGACGGCAGGCAGACAACGGGAAUUCCUUGCUACUGGAUCAAUCGAGCUCUAAGUCUCAGUCGCAGUCCAAGUCGGAGUCUUCGUCUCAUUCCUCGUCGCAGUCAUCGUCUAACGUAUCUUCAAAUGUUCAUUCGGAACUGAUUGGAAGUCUUGAGCCGAUAGACAAUAUGUUAGGUUAAGAAGUUAUUCCUAUUUUCACAGUACUGACACUGGCGAAGAGCAGCCGCAAUGGCAGAAUAGAAAACUUAAAAUGUGUACAUCAUUUUAUUGGGAUGCUAAUGAAAAA